AUGGACGAAAAACGACUUCUUCUUCAACCCAACGUUCGGGUUGAGUAUAGAUAUCAGAUACCUAGCAUCAGGCUCAGAGCAAGACAAUGUCUUCUGACAGCGUUCGUCUUCGUUGUCACCUGCUUGAUACUGAUCAGGGGUUCUGAUGACGAUAUUCCAGAUGAGCGCUCAUCAGGUCAUACAAUUGAAGAGUUCCAAAAAUGCUCGGUCGACAAGUUCUUGUCAACGGGUCUCCCAUUUCUGGACUCUGCAUCACCACUACCCAUCUCAGAAUAUGUUGAGCGAAGAGACAAUCUUGCAAGUGCGCUCGUAGCGGAUGGCGUUGAUGCAUUCCUUGUCGAACCUGGAUACACUUUGCAGUAUUAUGCCAAUAUCAGCCAAAAGGACUGGGAAGUCUGGGAGCCCGAAGAGCGACCGUUCUUAAUGAUCGUUCAGCCACUCAUAAAUGAGAGCUCUGGAGAGAUCAAAGCCGUAACGCGAUUUCUUGCCCCAAGUUUUGAAGUAGAGAGAGCGAGAUUGUUGGGCAUGCCGUUUGUAGACCAGCUUGACUUCGUUCCUUGGGAAGAACACUGGAAUCCUUACGAGACCCUUUCGAAGUCAUGGAAGACGCCCGGAUCAUUCGAGAAGGACUCCAAGCCCAAAAUAAUGGUCGAUGAAGAGAUGAGAGACUUCAUUCAGAGGGGACUGGGCGAGAAUGGAUUUGAAGUUGUUGGUCUUGGCGGUGAGGUUGAAAGGGUGAAGCAGACGAAGACAGAGCGAGAGGUUGAGAUUGUGAGAGCUGUUAAUACGGGCACUGUUGAGGCUUUGAGAGCGAUGCGAACAUGCAUGUAUCCUGGCUUGACUGAGAAUGAGGUUAUGCAAGUGCUGGACAACACUCUCCGUGCUGCAGGAAUGGAGCCAUUCUUCGACAUUGUACUUUUCGAUGAGAACGCCUCAAACCCACAUGGGGGAACGAAUGGUAGCAAAGUCUUGGAGGCAGAGACAUUCGUCCUCAUCGACGUUGGAGCUCACCUAUACGGCUACUCUUCUGAUAUCUGCCGUACCUUCUUCCCACCAUUCUUCCCAAAACCUAGCACCACGGCGGACCUCGAAUCACUUUCCCCGACGAUGCGCGAGAAGCUCUCAGUCUGGGAUAUCGUUCUCGAAGCACAAACUCAGUCCAUGCAUGCCCUACAUCAAGGCAACAGUGCAGCAUCAGUCGACAUCGCCGCUCGCAAAGUCAUCACAGACGCAGGAUACGGUGAGGCGUUCACGCAUCGUGUUGGUCACGGGAUUGGGAUCAAGGCUCAUGAGAGUCCCUAUUUGAAUAAAGGGAAUGUAAACGUUACGCUUAGGGCUGGGAUGACGUUCACAAGCGAGCCGGGGAUUUAUUUGGUGGACAAGUUUGGGGUGAGGCAUGAGGAUAUCUUGUUGGUGAAAGAGAAUGGUGAGCCGGAAAUCCUUACAGGAACAAGGGCUGUUGGGCCGUGGGAUCCUUGA